AUGGAGACCUACCUCGAAGCAUUGGAUCUAUGGGAACCAGUGGAGAAAGACUAUGAAGUUCAGCCACUUCCAACAAACCCCAUUACAGAGUAUGCAGGCGAUGAAAGGAUUCGUGGAAUGCAAGUGUUGAAUCUUAUCAGGGAUUUUGAAUUGCAGAGAAUGAAGGAGUCAGAAUUAGUAAAAAAGUACUCGGACAGACUUUUAAGCAUUGCCAACAAGGUGAGGUUGCUUGGAUCCGAGUUAACAGAUUCAAGAAUUGUGGAGAAGUUACUUGUAACAGUGCCAGAAAGGUUUGAAGCAACUAUAACAACCCUGGAAAACGCAAAGGAUCUGUCAAAAAUUUCCCCUAAAGAGCUCUUAAAUGCCUUGCAAACACUAGAUCAAAGGAGAGCCAUAAGACGGGAUGGAGUAGUAUAA